CUUCGAGAAUCUUCCCCUCGCAACCCAACAACAACAAACGCCUUCCGUCUCGCCCAGUCACUGGGGAGUGGGAGGUGGGGAGGGGGACCAUGUCCCAGCGAGUGAGGCGCAAUGGGUCCCCCACGCCGGCUGGUUCUGUCGGGGCCAGUACGGUCGCCACGGCCGGGGGAGCCGGCAGCCGCCUGCAGCCCAUGAGGGCGACGGUUCCGUUCCAGCUGAAGCAGCAGCAGCAACAUGGCAGCCCCACGCGGAGCAACGGCGGCGGCGGCGGCGGCGGCAACAACAACGGCGGCUGCUGUGGCGGCGGCGCCUCAGGCCCCUCAGGCGGCGGCGGCGGCGGCGGGGCCCCACGAACCGCUUCACGCAGCACCAGCCCCACGCGCGGCGGCGGCGGGAGCACGGCCGCGCGCACCAGCCCCACGGUGGCCACGCAGACGGGCGCGUCCGUGACGUCCACGCGAGGCACCAGCCCCACGCGCGGCGCCGCGCCGGGGGCCCGAGGGAGCCCCCCUCGGCCGCAGCCUCCGCCGCCGCUGCUGGGUACCGUGUCGUCGUCGUCGCCGCCUUCCUCGUCGCCCACCCACCUGUGGACCGGCGAGGUGAGCGCGGCCCCACCCCCAGCCCGGGUCCGCCACCGGAGGAGGUCCCCGGAGCAGAGCCGAGUGUCCCCGGAGAAGAGGAGCCCGAGCGCCCCGGUUUGCAAAGCUGGUGACAAAACACGACCACCCUCGUCAAGCCCCUCCAGUAUUAUCCGGCGCACUUCCUCCCUGGAUACACUUGCUGCUCCAUACCUUGCUGGACACUGGCCUCGUGACAGUCACGUGCAAGUCACACCUUGCAUGAGGGACAAAGCCACACAGACAGAGAGUGCAUGGGCUGAAGAAUACGCCGAGAAGAAGAAAGGAUCACACAAGCGCUCAGCAUCCUGGGGCAGCACAGACCAGCUGAAGGAGAUUGCAAAAUUACGUCAGCAGUUGCAGAGAAGUAAACACAGCAGUCGACAUCAUCGAGAUAAAGAAAGACAGUCUCCGUUCCAUGGCAACCAUGCAGCCAUUAACCAGAGUCAGGCUCCUGUUCCAAAGAGUACACUUAUUCCAGUAAUUCCCAUCGCCAAAUCAACAGGUUCCCGGUUCCGGAACAGUGUGGAAGGAUUGAACCAGGAGAUAGAAAUAAUAAUUAAAGAGACUGGGGAAAAGGAAGAACAGCUAAUACCACAAGACAUUCCAGAUGGGCACCGUGCCCCUCCCCCACUGGUGCAGAGAAGUAGCAGCACCCGGAGCAUCGACACCCAGACUCCCGGCGGGGCGGACAAGGGGAGCAACAACAGCAGCCGCUCUCAGUCGGUGUCCCCCACGUCAUUCCUCACCAUUUCUAACGAAGGCAGUGAGGAGAGUCCUUGUUCAGCUGAUGACCUGCUUGUUGAUCCCAGGGAUAAAGAGAAUGGGAACAACUCUCCUUUGCCUAAAUAUGCAACCUCACCCAAACCUAACAACAGUUACAUGUUCAAAAGGGAGCCUCCUGAAGGUUGCGAAAGGGUCAAAGUCUUUGAAGAAUGCUCGCCAAAACAACUUCACGAAAUCCCAGCUUUUUACUGUCCUGACAAAAACAAGGUGAAUUUCAUUCCUAAAAGUGGCUCAGCUUUCUGCCUCGUCAGCAUCCUCAAGCCACUCCUCCCCACACCGGAUCUUACCCUCAAGGGCUCUGGCCACAGCCUGACAGUCACCACUGGCAUGACCACCACUCUGCUUCAGCCUAUCGCUGUGGCCUCCCUAUCCACAAACACAGAGCAAGACCGGGUCUCUCGAGGAACAAGUACGGUUCUGCCAUCCGCACCUCUGCUGUCCCCACCAGAACCCAUCGAGGAAGCUGAAGGGUAGGACUCGGUGCCAGGUGGCCGUUUGAUCUGGAAACUGAACCUCCUCAGAAGGCUUGACUGAUGGGAUAGUGAGCGCCCAGUCAGCAGUGACGUGACGGUGAGGCUCCUGGAAGAAAAGCAGCCCCUCUGACAGCUCUGUCCCACCCAUGAAGGCCAACCCUCAGCGCUCAGCCUGAGCUUCCACAAAAUCAAACAAGAGUGUCUCAUCCUUUACUUUUGGAGGGACAGUGUCACAUUGUUUUUUUGUUUUCAAAUUCGACUUCUUGGAGAAAAAGAAAAUAUAAACCCACAGAACCUGAUCUCUGUUAACAUGAUUUCUGAAGGGAGAGGUGAAUGAUGCUGCAAGAACCAUCUUUUAUAUGAAAACGACUAUUUUAUAAUACCAAUGUUACAUUUUCUGAAACGUAGCAAACAAGACAUGCAAACGAUUCCUUGGUGGCCUCUGUUUCCUGUAACCCUUCCUACAUGUGUGCAGCUUGGGACCAAAGGGAUUGUUGACAUUUCCCCCAGCAGUCUUCAUCUCAUGGCUGUGUUCUCCCAAACAAGAAUUGAUAGGUAAAUGCAUCAAACAAGUAUAUAUUAAGAGUUUUAAAAAAGAAAAGCAAUAUUCGUACAUUAUGUGAUUUAUGUUUUUGAUGUCAAAAGUUUGUGCUCUGGGUGAAAUAUUUGUAAAACUGCUAUUUUCUUCAUGACUCCUGUACACAUUUCACUAUGUGGCCAGAAAAAUAAUAGUCUGAAGACAAGUGCUUUAAUAUGUUCUCACCCAUUUUGGAAUUGGCCUAAGAGUCAAUGAGCCAAAAAGGAAACUAUCUAGUGUUGCUUGUUAGCUAGGAGUAAGGAGCCCUUCGGCCUUGUGUGAAGAAAAUCACGUGAUUGCCCUCCUGUGCCACAGGUAUCCUUCCACCCUUCAUCACUGUAUCAUAGCCCCAGAGAUCCUACAAUGGCUGUGCAUGGAUUUGCUCCUUCGCUUUCGUGAUGUCUUUGUCUUGUGGAUACGGUCGGUCAGGUUUAGUAGUUCGCCAGGAGUGUAAUCCAUUGAAUAGUGAUCCAUAGCCAGAGACCUUGAAACUUUUUGUUGAUGGUGAUUGACACCAAAAUUUCUUGCCUACAGGUUUUGCUAGUUACCCCGUUAUAGUCCACACACUGGGGAAGAGAGAAAAGGUUUGGGGUAUAAAACAACAGACACACUUGAAAACCCAGACAGUUUUGGAUUUGGACUCUUGGCUAGUGCAAAUCACUGCCAUUAUCUUGUGACAGUAGUGUUUGUUUCUGGAUAGGUAGUAGUGAAAUUAAGGAGUGGGUCUUAUAAGAAAUGAGUUUCAGAAGUGUUAAUUUAAAAAGGCAUCCUUUAAACACCAUAUUCUAACCUAUGAUGCAAUAAUUUGCUAUACAUAUAAUGGGCAGAAAAAAAUUUUAAAUCCUUGUAAAGGGACAUGUUUUGGAGAUUAAUGCAUCAACUUGUCCAAAAAUAUUCCAUUAAGGAAAAUUUAGUGGAAGAAAAAUCUUUUGAAAGGACUUCUUAUAUUGAUGCACCUUUAAAGCAGCAAAAUAAUUUUAAACAUACCCUGUAAAAUUAAAAAUUGAUGGUGUAUUUAGGUAAAUCAGGUAAAUUCAAAUAUCAAAAAUCCCAUCAGGUUUUAGUUGGUAGGACUGAUAAAUUUUUGUACUUUUCCAUCCAAAGCCAGUUUACUUGGAACUAGUUUAACAUAGCAUCUAAACUAGUUAAAAGCUCACUUACUUUGAGUCUGCAGUUUCUGAUUGGUAUUUGGAGAGCCUGGCUUCUUGGCCUUCUUUGCUCUACCUUCGGGAAUUCCUACUUCACCUCCCAGUUUCUCCUUCGUCACCAGUACAGAAGAAAAAGUAAAACUGAGGUCAGGUGAGUUGGUGUGAGUGGAGAAGGUUGCUCAGAACCCAGGGCUUUUUGUUUGUUUUGUUUUGUUUCGAUUACUUGAGUUCUGUUAAGUCAGGGUUGUAUUCCUGACUGUGUGGGUUUCCUUUCCUUUGCUGACUCCAUAGUCACCAGGAUGUUUUAGAACUAGAAUCCUGCUUUGGAAACAGAUUUUCCCAUUUUGUUUUGUUUUUGCAUUUGUCAAAUUUAUGUAUCUUUAAGCUAAAGUGAUUUAAAAUCAGAAUGGAUGAAAGAAAACUUGCAGACUUAUUGUGUGCAAUCUUGCAGUCUGAUAGGUGGUUAUAAGGAGAAUGUGUGAACUUGUAUGGCAACCAGAUAUAUCCCUUGGGUUCAGAGAGAUUGAGCCUGAGAAUUGAGAAAAUGAAAGGUACAAGGUACAACUUGGCCGGUGCCGAAGGGCUAAGUUCUAAGCGUAUAAGCUUUACCAUGGCCUUGAAAAGAGAGUAGUCAUAGGUCCAGUGAGCAGUUUUACUGAACCCUUAGUCCCCAGAUGUUUUUCUCAAGAGAAUGCAUAAUAUUUUCUAAAAUUAUACUCCAUAAUAUUGCUAUUCUGUAGAAAAUUGUAAGGAGAUAAAAAAAAUUUAAAUUUGUAAAAAUUUUGAAUAAAAUUACUUUCAUCACAAUUUAAAAAUACCGGCAUGUAUCUUGGCAAAAGGAGCUAUUCUCUGGUUAUUCACUUUGUCAAUUUUACUUAUAUUUUACCCUUAAAACUGUUUCUUCCUUGUAGUGAUACAACUUAAAUAAAUUAACUGUUUGUGAUCAUGACUAAGUCUAUUACUUGUCAUGGAUUUUUGUGAACAAUUACAUUUUUUAAAAUACCAGUUUUCCCUUUUUAGUUAAAUAUGAGCACAGAUGCCAAAUUAUUUUCCAACUGAAUUCCUCAUUUUAUUUUAAAUGUUUAUACUUAUGACUGCAGACCAAAUCAGUCUUUUAGAAGGUGCUGUUGCUAACUGUAGAGUGUCUGGCAACACGAAAAGCUUUUUUAUUUUUUUUUUCUUUUCCGUUUUCAUUUUUAGUGGUUGGCUUUCACUAGAUAGUAUUAAAAAAGGAGAUUUAUAGUCUUUAUGUCUAAGAUUAGGACUGGUUUGUCAAGAUUUUCUACAGUUAAGGAAAAUCUAAGUUGCCACUCUUAAACUUACUAUUCUUAAAUUAAAACUCAUUCCUUAAUGCUUAAAAUUUUGACUUCUCAAAACCAGACCAAUGGAAGCGCUGAAUUUGCAAGUAAAGCUAAGGAUAUUUAACGCUGCACUUUAAGGUUUAAGUUUUACUCUAAUUAAUGAGAAGCAGAGCAGUCCUAAACAAUAUUUUGUUUAUACAGUCCUGUUGAAUAUAAUUUAUGUUUUUUAACUGCAUGUUUCAUCUCUGUUGAAGUUGUAUAAAUCUUUUUUAAAUGCAAUUUUUUAAAAUUUUGUUUUUCUAACAAAAUUCUCCCAAAAAGCAGCAUUUCUGAUGGUGAUAGAUAUUGUUACUAUGUACUUAUGUAUUCCCUGUAUCUGAACACGUGUUGCUGCCUCACAAGAAUAUAGAACUUUUAUGUUACAAAUAAAGUCUGUUCUUGGGUUUU